CGGAAAUGAGCCGGACUUCCCUGUGCUAGACACGUAAACCAGCUCGUACUUUACACAACGACAGUUUUGUUGCGUGAGGUUAUCUCCGGCAAAACGCCGUGAGUCUGUUGGACUUGAACUGGACUGUAUUUUCGCACUGUGUCGAGCUGUUUAUGUGCUGAAACGGUUUAAGUUAAAGCAUGUUUGUGCCGGGCGCAAAUGAACAGGAAUGUGAAGCUGGCUUCGAUAAGUGAACUCAAAUGUUUUUGCAACUGAAGCAUAGAGACUGAUGUCUGGAAGAUGUAACUGCAUGUCAUUACUGCAGUCACAUAAAACUAAAGAUUUGAGGUCGCAGUAAUAGUGCCGACAUGACCGCAGUUGUAGGGCGAGUUUGGGGGUGGGUCAGUCCAGCGAAUCUGUACUCCUCCUGGGGCAAUAAGACCAAACCUGAGAAACCCCAAACAACGGAGAUUCAGACCGGAAGCAGAUGGGGCUUAUGGGGACUUACUGCCUGGGUUUGGAGGGGCGAGAACACCAAAAAGGACCAAAAGACAAUCACUGAGGAAUUCUGGGAGACUGAGGAGACUAUCAAGCCGUUGGAAGUUGAAGAGCUGAGGGCUGAUGUUGAGACUGAAAGCGCAGCGGCCCAAAGCUCCUCACGCUGGUGGAGCCGAAUGCUUCCAUCCAGAUACUUUUUCUGGCCCCGGUGGUCGUCGUCCACCGCACUCCGCCAGCGGAAAUGUGCCGGGUGGAGUGAAGGUACGUGGGACAGCGAUGAAGUCGAUGGGCAAUCAGACUAUGGGACGCCUCCGCCGUCCCCCACGCCACAGAAAUCUGCAUUCCAGUUCUUCUCUCGCUCGUGGACGGGGGAAAUUGUGCCUGAGCACUAUGAUAUUUGCUUUAAUUUCCUCCGCCACCUCUUUGACUUGUUCGUGGUGGGCUUCCUGACCACCGUAUCCCCUCCGACCAAAUUCAUUUUGGAUGUGCUGGGGAUGCAGGGGGCCCUGAAGCUGUGGCUCCAUGGGAUGGCCAUGUUUCUGGUGUCGUCUGUUGGGAUGGCCGGACUGCUGUGGGUGGUUCAGGAGUACCUGCUGCCGUUUGCGUUGAUCUACGGUAUCGUGCAAGCGCUGGUCAUCUCUGUCAGUGUAUGCCAGAGUGAAGCUUCGGCAGAGGGGGAUGAUGGGAAAGUUGACGGAGAGGUCAAAGAGAGCGAGGAGGAACAGGACAACAUAUGGGAGCCGAAUGAGCCACAGCAGACAGCUGACGAAAGCAAGAAGGGAGUUAAACAAAGGAGCUGAAGUCCUGGGAAAAGUGUAUUUUUGGUUGACACAUGCUGAUAGUCCAGUACCAAAAUCUUUCAUUGAGGAUUUAACCACUUCAACACCGACCACCAACAACUCCCCAUGAGCGAUUGAAGAGCACCCUAAAUGUACCGGCACCUCUUUCUCUCCACCAGUGGAAAUUUUUUGCUCACUUUAAAAUGUACUUUUAAUUUUCCCAAAAACGAUUUUGACGUCACACACCAGCAGGAGAAGUGGCCGAGUAAAACACUAGAAUCUGCAGCCACCGCGAUAAAACAACCAUGUACAGAACUGAGGAACCAGCAGUGAUUGAUUGUCAGGGGAUUUCAUUGAAAUACUGUGAUCCUGAAAGCUGAACCAGUUUUUACCUUUACCUUUAUAUGGUGAUUUAACAGCUUUGCGACUUCACGCUGUGUGUACUGCACAUCUGCAUGCGUCACUUUAUUCAUAGCUCAAUGUGGCCUCUAACAGCGUCUCUGGAUUGUUCAUAUCUGCAAUGUGUCCGCUUCCGUUUAAUGGGUUGAGUCGCCCAUCCUUAAUUCGGUCCAUUAGUCCAGUCACAGGCUAUCUUGGUGUAUUUUUGAGUGCAAUUAUAGAGGAACUGGAUGCAAAUGAUUUUUAAACUACCUUUUGCAUACAGCAAACCUUAUGUUGUUCCGUACUUAUUUUAUUUUCAUUAAUUGAACCCGUUUAUUAAAAUCUGACUUCCUUAUGUUUUGGGUUACGUCAUUAGAACCACUCUGUGUUUGACGUAUAUUUAUGUACGCUUCGUUACAGCAUUAAUUGCAUGUCUUGAUUAAUUUCAAAUGUGUUGUAAGUCUUGCUUCAUUUCUAUUUCAGUUGAUUAUAUCUGUUGUGCCUCACAGUAUCUGGUACUUUGGCCAGUUCACAGGGAAUUAUGGGUAAAGAAAUUAGAAGUAAUUUUGCACAAUUGCGUACUGACAGCUUAAUAUCCAAUGCUUUGUUGCACAAACGAGUCUCUCGCUUGCAAGAAUAGCUUUCUCUUCCUGAAUGUGUUCCACAGAUAGCGUUUUAUCUAUGCAUGAUACUAUAGAACAAUGAAACAUUUGUGAGUGACUUUUCCUUUGUGGUACUAGUUUAUAAAUUUCUAGGUUGUUUAUGUCAGUUAUUUAACCAUUAAAAUGUAGCGCUAGAAUUGUUGGCUUACUACAACCUUGAGCAAUGCAAGAAUACGUGUAACCUUUGAAGGUUCUUUAAAAUGUGUUUUUCCAUUACCAUAGAAGUGCGGGCCACUGCUGAAACCAGACAGCUGUGAAUAGAAAUGUCUGCUGUAGAGUGAAAUGCAUUGCAGUUCAAGGAUGGAUGUAUCUAGGGUGUGAGAUCUACAUCUACAGUUCUUAAGUGCGGCACACGGAGUCUUUAAUGGUCCUUACAGCUAAAAUAAACUUUCUUUUCCCAUA